AUGACUUCUGCUUUGCGGAGCUUCGGGUUCCAAGCCCUUCCCUUGGGGCGCCGUGCAAAGGGGCCUAUACACGUGACCCCGCUGGACCUCUCUCGCGCCCUGUCGUGGCAGUACGUGAAGAGGCUUGUACAAGCCGGGGAUGUGUUUGUGGUGCAUCUUUCCCCACCUGCUCGCGGCCCGUUUGCCGAUGCAGUGGCACCACUCGUCGCUGACUUCUGCUGUUGGCUCCGCUCCGAAUUUCCUUCUGUGCACUUCUCAGUUGUGUGUCCCGCCUCCGCGGCGCUUUGGAAACAGUCUGGCUUGCUGGAUCUUCAGCGGUCUUGCAUUCAGGUCUCCUUUACUGCCGCCGACUGCGGUCCCGGGCCACAUGAGACCUUUCUCUUGAUGUCUUCACUUCCCGAGCUUCGGGUUUUUGAAACUCCGGCCGAUGCCUCAAAGAUCCCCUCCGGGGGCCCGGUUCGCGCGGCUCCUGUCGCUGCGCCCUCGUUCGUGCAUACGAACCACUUUUGUACUAAAUUUGCAUCUGCCCUCGCCCUGGCGGCCGGUCAACUUGACACUGUACCGACACCAGCCCUUGUUACCAAUGCUUCAGCCCGUGCCGCCAAUCAGCUCCAGCCGCGUGUUUCAAGGGCCGUCGUGCUGGUCGAGGAAUACCAUUAUCAAGUUACCGUGCCCGCGCCUUCGGGCGCCCUGCCCUCUCUUGUUUCCUCUCAGCUGUCUGACUUGGGAAUCGGAAAAUUGGUUUCCAUCACGUGUGGAGUCUACCGAAGCCCUCUUCAGUUUGCGGAACGAGCUUUGAAUGUUGGCCAUCCUUGUGACAUGUGCAGAGCUCUGCCCGAUCAAGCUAUGGUCGUCCUGGGCCAUCUGCUCAUCGAGGGUCCUGUUAAGGUCCUCAGACGGAGAUUGGAUACGAUAACCCAGUGGAAAGCUUGGGCCGCCGAACUGGAACCGGCCGAGGCUGAACUGCACAAAUCCUUGCCCCCUUCUGUGGCCGAAGUGGUCAAGGGAAAGCGCCUGCUCCUCCUUGAUCGCAUUGCCAAAUCCCUGCAAUGGCCUGACACCCGCUUGCACCAGGAUAUGACCAGUGGCUUUAAGAUCGUGGGCGAGGAGUUCCCGAGCGGAAUUUUCCCCCUUGAGCCUCGACCAGCGACCCUCACGCCUGAGGAGUUACUGGCUCAGUCUCGGUCAACCAAGCCCUUGAUCUGGGAACAGGUCAACGAUGCUCCGCUGGAUGCGAACUCUCGCGAGCUUUUUGAAAUCACUGAGGCUGAAUACCGCGAGAAGGGAUGGCUCGAGCAACCUCGCUCUUGGGAGGAACUUGAGCUCUUGUUCGGGGAUUGGCUCCCGGCCAAAAGGUUUGGUGUACGCCAACGCGACAAGUUGCGCCCCAUCGACGACUUAGCUGCCAACGGUGCAAACAGCGCAUUUGCCGCUUGUGACAAGCUCACCUUGCGUGCCUUCGACGAGCUUGUUUGGUGUGCCACUUACAUCAUGCGGGUACUUGUGCAAAAAGGAACCGUCCACCUUGUCCUCUCCUGUGGUCGGGUGAUCUCGGGACCCCUUCACGACUUCUGGAGGAUCAAGACCGACCGUGCCCGCCCCUUGUUGAAAACUAUCGACUUGAAGGCGGCGUAUAAACAGCUACCGCUCCACCCAGAGCAUCGCAGGUUUUGUGUGGUCGCAUUGAAACAUCCGGACAGCGGCCAAGUGCGGGGCUACGCAUCAAGAGUCCUGCCCUUCGGGGCCUCGGGGAGCGUGACUUGCUUUAACAGGGUUGCACGCCUGAUCCAACGGAUUCUUCAGGAAGCCUGGAUCUUGAACUGUAACUAUUUUGAUGAUUUUCCGGUGUUGGAGUUAUCCGCCCUGUCGGGGAGCGCCGACUCCACUGCUCAUUGCAUACUUGACCUACUCGGUUUCGAGUGCUCUACCGAUAAGGAAGAGCCGUUCAAGAGCAGUGCCGACGUCUUGGGAGUCACGGUAGACCUCUCUUGUGAAGACUUGUCCGAGGUGCGUGUGCGCAACCGGGAGGUAAAGUGCUGCGAGGUGGCGGCCUCUGUCGAUGAGGUUCUUGAUAGGGGCGCCAUCCGGUCCGCGGAAAUCGCUUCUCUCUUUGGGAGGAUUCAGUUUCUUGAAGGGCAACUCAUGGGACGCAUGGGGCGACUGGCUUUGUCUGAGCUUCGCUCCCUCGGGACUUCCGGGGGAAUCCUCAAGCUCGGGGACUCGGAACGGCAUGCCUUCCAGAAUCUUCGUGAGCGGUUGCUUCAUGGGCCGCCCCGGGCGAUCUCCGCUCGCCCACCUGGGGCGAAUGUUAUUGUGUUUACAGACGGAGCUUGCGAACCGGAGGGUGAUAGCAUGCUGUGCUCCAUCGGUGGGGUGCUGUAUGUUGAGAGCUCCGGCAAGUGGGCCACUCGAUACUUUGGCUGCCGACUGCCCGAUUCGCUCGUUAAGGCUUGGAGUGCUUCUGGGAAGAAACACUUGAUAGGGCCUGUUGAAUUGUACGCAGUGACCACGGCAAGACUGUUGUGGCGAGAGUAUCUUGAUUUCGCCAAAGGCAUUUUCUUCAUCGACCACGCCGGUGUGCACGCCGCGUGCGUCAAUGGAUCGUCCCACGAUCGCCUCUGGCGGCUCAUCCUUUUGAAGCUUGAGGAAGCGGAUGCCAAACCUAUGAUCGCCUGGUAUGCCCGCGUUCCCAGCCAAAGCAAUCCUGCAGACCCUCCGUCUAGGGGGUCCGACCUUUUCCCAGUUUGGGGCACAUGCUCGAGGGAUCAUCCGAAGUGCUGCAUAUCCGGCGAGCUCUUGAGUUCGUUUGGUGAGACGGGAGUUUGUUGA